AGCAAUAACUCUCAUUACAGCAGACUAGGUUGCUUAUCAGUGGCCUAAAACUUGAAAAUAUAGGAAGAUGAGUCCAGAACUGUUUGAAAACAGGAACAUAUGUGUAUAUACAUAUAUAUUGCUAAAGCAAAAUUCUCUUUAUUUUCGGGAAAGAUAUUUUGAAGCAACCUGUGGUGGAAGAGGCCUGACAUAUUGCAAGGAGGAAGGUGUGGGAUUUUUCAGCGGGAGUUCCUUCGAUCCCAGGUUGCAGCCUGGCUGGUGGUGCCAAUAAGUCGUACAAGUUUUACAAAUCGCAGGUUUCAAAUGUCACUGUUAUCUAGCCAUAUCUGCAGUGUCACAAGUGGCAACACGGCUAUGAGAAGUGGAUAUACUCAAGGAAAAAGCAAACACAUGUAGUACACUGCCCUGCACCACCAGUUUGGACAGAAGAGUUGCAUCACCAAAAGCUUGAGCAGAUGUAAAAGCAUUGCUAAAGAAAUGGACCCCAAUGAAGAUCUGAUUUCAAUUUCGGGGGCAGACCGUUUCGACUUCCUUUUCCGAGACGCUGCCGGGUGCAGGCCGAGAGCACCACAUAUUUACCAAAACUUCAUCCAUCGAAGAUGGAAAAAAGGUGGCUCUUCUCCCUCUUUUCUUUGCUCUUGGUGCCCAGCGUUGGAGGCCAGCCUGAAGACGUCAUUACUCAAACAGAAGUGGUCCACGUUUUGCCAGGUACUGACGUGACCCUGAUGUGCACCUUCCCAAAACCACUCGCCACCUACAUUAUACAGACACAGUGGUCCAAGACUGAUGACAACCAGCUUACCAGAAUAGCUGUUUAUCACCCUGUUUAUGGCACCCAUUACUUCACGUUUCCUGAGGCUUCUUACAACUUUUCGGUGUCCUUCAGCAUGAGGAAGUGCUGCGACUGGGAUGCUACGGAGGUGUUGUGUUCUCCCAAUCCAAACGUCACAUCUGAGUGCAAUCGCUGGGCUCUGCAUCUGAAAAAUGUUACCGUCUCCCUUAGCGGGCAGUAUGAGUGCAGUUUUGCUACUUACCCUUUUGGGACAAAGGCUGCAAAAAUUCAACUUAUUGUCAAGGCAGAAGAGGAGCAGCACUACGUGAAGGAAGUGUGGUUAAACCAGACCUUAGAAAUUCCAUGCCUUGAGGACACGACCUCAGAAAAUUUGUCCAAUUAUCCUUUGAAAUGGCUAGUGGGGGAAAACGGCAGGAAAGAGGAACUUGUGACCAAGGAGCCCUUUUGCCCUGCGGUGUAUAGGAAUAGGAGCACACUGGACAGGCAAAGAGUCCACCUGGGUUUGAAUAACUCUCUAAAGAUUUUCCCCACCAAAAUCGUGGAUGAUGGCAGGGUGUUUUCCUGCCACGUGCUGUACCACCCAGAGAGAGUCCGGAAGAGCAGCACCACCGUGAGAGUAUUCGCCUACCCUGAGAUCUCCAUUAGCCUUCAGGAGGGCUCAGCUGGCACCUCGCAGAAGCGUAACGUGAGCUGCAUCGUGAGGAAGGCAUUUCCCAAGCCAAGUCUCCGGUGGUAUGUGGACAGAGUGAGCCUGAUGGAGCGGCAUGAAGAAAUUUCUGUUGAACAAGAAGAUUUGCGAGAUAGUGAAGGUUUCUAUCAUCUGAGAUCAACGCUGAUGUUACAAGGGACCUACCAGACACAUAAGACAUUCUCGUGUGCAUGUCUGUUUUCCUUCCUUGGGAAUGAAACAUGGAAUAUUUCAUCACAAGAAAUAUUUGUUUCCUUCGACAAUAAAUCUAAUGAAGCCUCAUCUGAAGCUUUUACGACCAUAGCUUCAGAAGAUGUUGGAAAUUCAGCACUUCCAUCAGCUGUCAUGACUACCUCAGAGCACCGGUCGACAUCUUUGGCCUCUCUAGGUUUCUCCAGUCAAGCAAGCUUGGCUCCCACUUCCACGACACAAGGAGCGCUGAUUUCUACCACAGAGACAAAAAGCCAUGCCAGCACCACAGCAUUCAAUGAGAGCUUGACAACCGCACAUUUGAACGAUUCCACCACCGAAUCCCCUCAAAGCCUCAGGAAUGCCACGCGCUCCUCCGAGAAUACAACCCUGGUGCAUCGUAACCUGUCCUUCAGCAUCACAGAUCAGCCAAUUUCAGUUACCAGAGGGAAAGAUUUCUUUACUACCAGCAGUCUGCUCAAUAGUACUGGUGGCAUGAAGAACGCGAAAGCCAGUCGCUUCCCCUGGCCAACAAUGGUAGCCGUCCUGCUCCUCUUCUGCAGUUUUCUAAUAGCUUUAGGCAUCAGGAAAUGGUGUCAGUACCAGAAAGAGAUUAUGAACAGACCUCCAUCUUUCAAGCCACCGCCACCUCCGAUAAAGUACACCUCCAUGGUGGAGUCUGAUGGGACCCCCCCAUCCUGCCACGAACUGGAAAACCUGUAACGUCGCCUACACCCCUUGUGUAGUGCACAGAAGACUGACACAGUUAAAAGGCUCUGUCUUUAAAACAGUGAUUACAGAAGUUUGCUGUUAAUGACCCAUAUUAAAAUUCAGAGCGCCUAAAUGACAUUAAUGUUGGAAGCUGAGCACUCCUGAGGACACUUACUUCAUCCCGCCUAUCUCUAUGUAUGCAUUACGUUAACACCGUUGUGAGUGUCACCCUGAGAUUACAUGUGCUUCAUUUGAAUGGGGUGAUCAACUGGGAAUUUGCUGUCUCGUUAAUGGGAGCAGAUUAACACAUCACUCCACCAGCCUGACUGAAGAGUGUUGAAGCUUUUUGUUUUACUAAGUGUAUAAAGACGACAGCUCUGCCGUGUGGACGCCGCGAUUAUACUGGAACCAUUGGCUUAACACAAGCUUUUUGAUAUCUACAUGAGCCCUUCUUACAAUGAUUAUUUUUUACCAUGCAAAUGUUGACUAAUCUGACCUGAUAUAUAAUUUCCUAUCACUGUGAUACCAAACAAAAAAUAAUCAGCACCUUACACGGAAAGAAAAUAGCCUGCAUCUGCCGUCACCGGGGUUGCAGCGCAGGAUCACGGGGAGGGGUUGGUGAGACGAAAGAGCACAGCACAGGCCUGGUGGAUGUGUCCAUGAAGAAAACUCAAUUGCUGUUGGAGAAGUCAUGAGAACAAGCCAACUUUGGGCUCAUGUACAAGCCACCUGCGGACCAGAGACUUAAGGACUAAAGUGAAUAAGGACCCUAAAGUUAAUGGAAAUGCCCAUUCUUUUGGAAGUGCCGUGCCUUUGAAACAGUAAUUACACCUGGGUCUGCUUUUCGGAAAUCAUAUUUAUGGUACACAGGAAGAAAAAAAAGAAAUACAAUCAUUUUAUUCUCCCUUGGUCUUAAAGAGCUUCUGUCAUUUGCUAUCUUUGCAUUUUUCAAGAUCUCAGGGGUAGUUUCCCAGGUUGCUUCCCUGUGGAAGGGACGAUCCAGUGUUACACUUACCAUGCCCGAGCUGCAUAUUUCCUAGCACUGACACUAAUGACUAAAUGACCGUGACGAGGGUGGAAUCAGCUUAGCCCACUGCACAGCUCUCAGCCAGGCCAGCAGCAGCGUGGUCACUAAUGCAAGGCACAAGAGCUGCAGCAGGAGCACAGCUUUUGGCAGCAGCGCGGUCUUACGUUACUUUCAGCCAGCCAAGAAACUGUCCCACCAAGCUUGCUUUCAAAAUGUAUUGUUACCACAAUGGCAUUUCUGU